UGUGAGCUCCGGUCAAAUGAGUGAGUCCGGUCCUAGAGAAGUGAAGUGAGAAGCUCGUAGCGAAAACUAAGGGCUGCGGACUGGGGCUUCUUUCAAGCAUUACAAGUCACCUUCACUAGUUUUGGAAUACACAUUACAGCAAUGCUUGACAUGUCAAGAGACUAUUUGGAUUUUCCUGUCUUCUAUAGGCUCCGACCGGAGUGAGACUUUCGUGGAUGUAAUUUCUUAUUGGAAACUUUGGAAACAUUUCCGCUUGGAUCUUGGAUCAAUCAAUAAAGUCCAGAAUCGACACCACGACGUAAAGAGAAGAAACUGACCCGGCCGAUUUACAGGCGGUGAGGAGAUGUGUGUGGUCUUAUGAGUAACAGCUAUGGAACAGCUGAGGCUCCAUCUCCUCUUGUUGACUGUGGCUGCAUUCACACUCUGGCCCUUAGCCCGUGGUGCCGAGCCGUCGGUGCGUGCUAAAGAGGGCAGCGGGGCAGUGCUCAGGUGCAGCGUAGCGGGUGCGGAUGUGGGCACUGCCAGCCCCAGGCACGUGGUGGAGUGGGUACGCGAGGACUUCGACAUCCCCAUCCUCAUCAAGUUCGGGGCCUACGUCCCCCGAGUCCACCCCGACUACGAAGGUCGAGUGUCCCUGCUGGGGGACAGCGCUCUGAGCGUUGAGACACUGCGCCUGGAGGACCAGGGCCGGUACGAGUGUCGCAUCCUUCCUCUGGAGCAGACCAACGAGGAGACACGCAACGGCAGCUGGACGCUCCUCUCUGUCUAUGCGGCCCCUAUCUUCACGGAGACUCCACCACCUGUUGUGGAGGCCCUGUUGGGGAAGCCGCUCACGCUCAGGUGUGUCGUCCGUGGCAACCCGACCCCGAGAGUCACAUGGGCUAAAAAUGGCGUCCUUCUCAAGCAGAACAAGACUGAGGUGCGCAAUGGGACCGUGUCGUUCCGGUCAGUGACCAGAGAGGCAGCUGGUGAGUACAGAUGCGACGCCUCCAACUCCGAGGGCAACGUGAGUCAUGUGACACGGCUGAGUGUCAAAGGUCCCCCUGUUAUCCGCAUCCCUCCUAAGGACCUGGUCCUCAACAUCUCCCAGGGGGCCGCGCUGCUGUGCAAGGCAGAGGCUGACCCCCCCAACAUGACCUACGUGUGGCAGAAGGAGGGGGAGAACAUCUACCACAUCCAGUCUCUGAAGUCCCGUGUGAAGGUACUGGUCGACGGAACGUUGCAGAUCAGUCGCCUCACCCCAGAGGAUUCUGGGAACUACACCUGCACGCCCACCAACGGGCUGCUCACUCCCCCCUCUGCCUCGGCUUCCCUGACUGUCAGACAUCCUGCCCAGGUGCUCAACAUGCCCAGGGAGACGUACCUGCCCACAGGUAUGGGUGGCGCCAUACCCUGCCCCGUCCGAGCUGAACCGCCUCUGCUCCGCGUCGACUGGACCAAGGAUGGAAAGCCUCUGGACUUGGAUACACAGUAUCCGGGGUGGACGCUGACAUCACAGGGCUCCGUGGUCAUGGCAACGGCCAGCGAGGACGCAGCAGGUGUUUACACCUGCACGCCGUACAACGUCUAUGGUACAAUGGGCGAAUCGGAGCCCACCAGGGUGAUUCUGCAGGACCCCCCCUCCUUCAAAGUGUCCCCUCGUAAGGAGUACCGCCAGGAGGUGGCGCGCAUGCUGGUCAUCCCAUGCGAGGCCGCUGGAGACCCAGCACCUAGAGUCACCUGGAGCAAGGUGGGGCGCUCUCCCAGCUCCCCCUUCAGCAUGGCGCCCAAUGGCUCUCUGGUGCUACGGUCACUCAACAAGGACCACCAGGGGGUGUGGGAGUGCUCCGCGGCCAACAGGGUGGCCACGGUCAACGUCAGCACCACCGUUCUCGUUCUGGGCACGAGUCCCCACGCGGUGCCCCUGCUGUCUGUCUCGGCUGGGCUCACCCAUGCCAACGUGUCAUGGGAGCCGGGCUUUGAUGGCGGAUACACACAGAAGUUCACCAUCUGGCUGAAGCGUGCGUCUUCUGAGGCCGACGUGGAGAAGCAGGAGUGGGCAUCCGUGCCCGUGCCACCCUCUGCAGGCACCAGCCUGCGGGUCACUGGCCUCCUGCCAAGCACGGACUACCAGUUCAGCGUCCUGCCGCAGAACAAGAUGGGCACCGGGCCCUUCAGCGACAUCGCUACCGCCAGAACCCUGGAUCCACAACCAGUUGUAAAGGAACUGGCUCCGCCUACAUUCCUGUCAGCCAAUGUGACAUCGGGGGGCGUGGUGAUCCGCUGGAAGCCCCCCCGUGGCCAAAGCCCCCCUGUAGAGAGCUUCCUACUUCAGUCUCGUCUGGAGGGGGGCCAGUGGGCUAACCUCGUGGAGGGCAUCAAUGCCAACCGCACCCACAUGGUGCUCCAGGACCUUAGCAAGGACCGUGUUUAUGAGCUGCGGCUGCUGUCUCAGCGUGGGGACGAGUGCAGUGGUCCCAGCGCCUCCAGGAACAUCUCCACCGCAGGGCUGGAGGCCUCUGUGUCCCCUGCCAGUCGCGGCAUGCAGCAGGUGGUCGCUGAGCCGCUAUUGGCUGGCCUGGUGGGCGGUCUGGGCCUGCUGUGUGUGGCUCUGCUGCUGACCAUCGGCACGGCGUGUGUGUACCGCCGUCGCAACGCCCGCCGCAAGAGAAGGAGGGAUGAUCUCACACCUGCUCUCCUGGCCAGCCCGUCUGCAAUAGCAAGUGCGGCUGGUGGCAGUCCAGACAGUGUGCUGAAGCACCAACUCCUUCCUCCCCACUCCCACUCCUCCUCCUACUCCUCCUCCCCGUCCUCCUCCCCCUGCGACCCCGCCUCCUUGGAGCGCUCCAGCCAGGCCGACUACCGAAGCCCCCAGCAGGGGUCUCGCUCCUCCACCUCCAGAGCACUCCCUCCCCUCCCCGAGAGCACCCUCCACACGGCCGGCGGCCCCCUCUCGCCCCUCUCUCCCCUGGAGCUCAUCUCCCGCGGGCCGGACGGACGCUUCUCUCUGGACCCGAGCGCUCUGGAGACUCUCGAGGAGACCCCCUUCUCCCGGACGCCCGUCCGGAGGAGCCUGCAGGCGGACUUCUCCCGAUGCCCCUCUUCGGCCCGAGGAGGCCCCCAGAGGUCCCACUCCCUGCGCUCGAAUCGGGAGGAGCGGCGGGACAGACAGUGGGGGAUGGACAGAGACAGGGAUGCUCCGUUCGUGCUGUCCGUCGAUGUCCCCGCCGCCAGCUACUGCCGCGGACGCGUCAUGGCCAAGCACCUCUCCCUGCAGGGCGACUACCUCCUGGGACGCCACGGCGACCUCGACCCCGACCUCGUCCCCCAGCUUCCGGAAUGUUCCAGCCUGCUCUCGGAGGGCAGCAACGCAUCGGACGCGUACUCUGACCCUUCCUCGGAGCCUCCGAGGCAUCAGGGCACCAGCUCUGGAUACGCGACGCUGAAGCGCAGCGGUGGUGCUGACACCAGCGGUACCGGCGCCGUCGCUCCCGGUUCCGGUCCCGGUUCUGGCAGCCUGCUGGUUCUCCAGAUGGAGCACGAGCGCGAGAGGGGCAACCUGAGCCGCUGCUUGACGCUGGCGCGCGAGAGGGAGGCCCUGGAGCGCGAGCUGAGGAAGUACGCCUCCGACAGGCACUCCCUCGCCGUCAGAGACCCCCACCACCAGGAGGACCCGGAGCUGGUGUGGAAGACGCGCGAGGGAGCCUCUCCCAGCAGUGGCCUCCACUCCAGCAGGGGGCGCUACUCGCCGGGGACCUCUGGCCGAGGGAGCACGCGGCCCUCCUCCAGCAUCCUGUGGGAGACCAGCCCUCUGUCCUCUCCCACGCGGCUGGUCCCGGUCCAAACGCACGGAGCGGACGAGGACUGGACGGGGCCGGACGGCGAGCGAGCCAAGCGCUCUCCGAUCUGCGAGUCAGAAGCUGACUUGUCGCCACGGGAGCAGCACAGGAGGGGCGUCCGGCAGAGGUCAGAGCUGCGCGGCACGUGCAUCUCCCCGGAGAGGCUCUCGGUGGCCGGCUCGCAGAGCCGAGGCUAUCAGGAGGAGGCCGCCACCGAGUGCGUCGCUGGCACACACACACGCACUGGUGCGGCAGAGACUCAGGAGAGUGCAGUGAACGUUGUCCCUGACGGCCCAGACGAGUGCACUUUCAUAGAGAUGAGCGUCGAUGGCCCCGAGAUUGAGAAGCGAUAUCACACCAUCGCUGCCGACCGACGUGGAGGCAGACACACACACACACAUUGGGACACACACACGCCACAGCAGCAGCAGCAGCAGCUACAGCGGACGGAUGCACACACACGCUGGGAGAGAGAGGUGUCCAGUGCCCAGCCGAGCCGGACACUGUCCCACUUGAACGUGCUUCGGCCUGACCUGAGGAGGACGGGCAGCCUGGGGGGGUCCCAACGCUGGCACGGGCACCAGAGCACCCAGAGUCUGGACUACCGCAAGAGGGGCGAGUUCCUCGCGCCCGACGCCUGGGUCCACUCCCUGAACCAGGGCAGAGCCAGCUCCGCUGUCCCCUUCGCAACCUACCCGCAGCGCGAGGACCAGGACCAGGACCAGGACCAGGACCAGGACCAGGACCAGGUCCAGGUCCAGGGGCAGGAGUUCAGUGGAGAUCCCUGUAGGGGGACCCCAAAUGCCCACUCGAGGAAUGCACCGACUCCCCAGCUCAGACAGACACCAAGCACCCCUUGCAAGGGCCCCCAAAGCCCCCCACCCAGGGGUGCCACCCCAAACCCUUCUUACAGGGAUGCUGUGAACUCUCCAGACCAAAGGCCUGACCCUCGGCAUCAGGCGUCCACGUUCCCCAAGGAGUUCAUGGGAAACCCACGCUCCCCAGACCCAAAGUCGAGAGGCAGUCGCCCACGAGAGAGGAGAGAGGGGUACCCCACACCUGACAGAGGAACCUCCCCACCACAGACGGGGUACCCCACAUCCGACAGAGGAACCUCUCCACCACAGACGGGGUACCCCACAUCCGACAGAGGAACCUCUCCACCACAGACGGGGUACCCCACAUCCGACAGAGGAACCUCUCCACCACAGACGGGGUACCCCACAUCCGACAGAGGAACCUCUCCACCACAGACGGGGUACCCCACACCCGACAGAGGAACCUCUCCACCACAGACGGGGUACCCCACAUCCGACAGAGGAACCUCUCCACCACAGACGGGGUACUCCGCACCUGGCAGAGGUCGCCAUCCCCACCGGAGAGCGCUUUCCCCUCUUGUCAGAAGCAGCUCCCCGCCCGAGAGUGGACUCCCGCUGUCCGACAGACGGAGUCGUCCUCCUUCAUCUGAUGGAGGGCAACCCCAGCCUGGCAGCACAGGGGAGACGUACGGCUGGCAUCCCGCCAGCUGGGUUCCCCUGCCGGGCAUGGUGCCAGGCAAGGAGAAGGGCAGAGGUCCAGCGGAGGUGAAGGAGAAGGAGGAGACGCGGGAGGAGAGCCAGGAGGUGGACGCCGAGAUCCGAGGGUACCGCAACACCGCCGCGGAGACAGAGGAGCGUUACCGUAGCUACGCCAGCCAGAGCAGUGGCCGCGGGAGCCUAGACCCCCCCAGUAGCCUGAGUCCACCCCCGACCAGCUCACCUGAGACCACGGAGGAAAGCGAGCACGAGGAGAAGGGGCUGCGGAGGAGAGGGAGCUCAGUGGAUGAGAACUACGAGUGGGACACACACUAUGUCCCCAUGAAAUCUGUCUACGUGAAACCAGGACAGGUGCAGCUCGGCCCCGAGGGAGAGAGCAGGGGUCAAGGGGUCAGAGAUCACCUCUGCAAGCCUACUGCGGAGUUGACCAGCAAUGGAGGAGGAGCAAGAGGCAUGUUCCCGUCCAUCAGACUGCUGAAAUCAGGUGGGAGUUUCUACUGCACUGGCCUCCCCCAUCACCGCAGUGCUGAGUUGGACCCAGAGACCGUGCUGUUCUGACAGCUCCUCACCGAAGCCUCCUCAUUCUCAUAGUCUCUCUCUCUCCCUCCCUCCCUCUCUCACCCUCUCUCUCUCUCUCCCUCCCUCUCUCUCUUCUCCACGUUCUCUCUUUUGUUUCUGCUCCUCUCAUCUCUUCUUCCCUCUCUCUCUCUCCAUCUUUCCUCUCCCUCCUCUCUUCUCUGUUAUUUGUGGUCUUAUCACGCUCAUCUUUAAGAGCGUAGCAUUAUCUCUUUCUGUCCAUCUUAUCGCCUUUUUCUGACUUAAUGAUAAAAUGUUCCCCCUGAAGCGACGGAAAAUUACAAGCUAAAAACUUGAGAUUGGUCACAGCCAAGCAGUGUAAUUGGAUGUGCUGAGCAUGCUCCACCUGUUGAGAAGAGGUCAUGACCCCCAGCGUCGUCCAAUCACAGAGGAGCUGGACUCAAAGAUGAACUGAUGCGGUAUCCAAUCACGGAGCAGCUGGACUCAGUGAGGGUGAUGUGAUUGGUCACCCCCAGGGAACCAGCCCAAAGAGCGACUGGCUCUGGGACAGACUCACCCCUGUUCUGGCCCUGAUGCGGCAGCUGCCUGACAAUCAUGCGUCAGUGACAGGCACACACAUACACACACCAGCUGAACUGAGAUCAGCCUGAUUUCCUGAGUGCAUCAGGCCAGGGGUUUUGCAGAUCACAAGUGUGUGUUUAUGUAUUUCUCAUUACGUAGUAUAUAGUGGUGGGCAAGAUAGUGAGGGUGGGUGGAGGUUUAGAGGUGUAGUUCACAAGUCAUGUAAAUAGCAGCUCUGUUGAAUAUGAUUUAGAGGUGUUGUCGGGGAAUACCUUCUGAGAUGCAGCUUGUGGUCCUGGUAAUUCUAUUCCAAGUCCAUGUCUUUAUUUUUUAUUUUCUGUGGCCUGUGUCAUUUCCUCAUUACUGUCUCUCCAUUCCUCCCUCCAUCUCUCUCUUUUUCUCUCUCUCGCUCUUUCUCCACCCCCCUCUCUCUCUCUCUUGGCAGCUUCUUCUCCCACAUGUCAACAUCUUGUUGACAGUUUUAAGCUGUGUGCUUUGGCAGAGGGGAUUUUGCUAAUGACAAGUGAGUUUGAUUGGGAUUUAAUUAACCAUUGUAGCCAUUUAAUGAGAAACCAUGUAUGAAAUGAGUUCCGAUUUUCUUCUCGAGUGGUAGAAAUGCCUUUGACCUUCAUCAUGUCCCAGCAGGAAAUUGGGACUGUGAAGCAUGUCCUCACAAUCCAGGGGUUAAUGAAUAAGAAAAACCCUCAUUCACUUGUUUAGAGUCAGCUGGAAAUUCACUGUUUUUUUUUUUCAUUUGUUUUGUUUUUUUCCUCCCUCAAAUGCCAGUUCAUAGAAUGAGCUACAAUGAUAAAAAAAAAAAUACUUAAAUAAUACAGUUUGAAUGACUACAUGUAUAAAGCACCACAAAAGGAAAAAAAGUGAAUUACAGUAUGCAAGUGUAAAUACAGUAUGAACAAUAUCAGAGCAGCCUUUUAUGAUAUUAUGUUUUGUGAGGUUUUGUUGAAUUUUACACAAAACGUACACAGCCCUGAAAUAUAUUUUCCCCAUAGUGUAGUUCUUAUUUAGUUAAUCUAACUUUAAAAAAGUUUUGUUUUUUGUAGUCACCAUUCAUGUGUGGCUGAACAUUCAGAGCCUUUGUCCUAUGCAGUACAGAAACGAAGUGAUGUGUGAAAACCAAAGCCAUUUAAAACUCAAAACACAAGUGCUCCUGAGCUUUAUUUUAUUUUCCAAAUGAUCAAGAAUUGAUGUAGUUGCUAUCGAUGAUCCUUAUGUGUUUUCACCUCUGAGGAUGAGAGCAGAACAUGAGUCAAACGUUGUCAGCAGUUUACCCAAAUGAUGAAGUUGUUAUUCUAACAGAUAUUGCUCAGAGGUAGGGUUGCAUCAUUUUGCAUUUCAUAUAAGAACUAUUUUUAAACAGAAAGGGUUCAGAGUUGCUCAUGGGCCCCAUUUUCAAAGUGAUGUUUUUAAGAGCAGAACUAUGUUUCUCUAUGUGAUGGUUAUCAUUUGCUUAAAUUGCUGUUGAAUUGUAUUUUAAUAUGUAGAUUGUAUUUUUUCAUACAGUAUGGUUGUCUGUUCUAAUCUCAAUAAAAAUAAAUGCUAA